AUGAUCAUCACUGGAGAUGACACAGUGGGCAUCUUUAGUCUCAAACAGUUCCUUAGUCACCAAUUUGAGAUGAAAGAUUUAGGUUUGCUUAGUUACAUCAUCGGCUUGGAAAUUUCUUAUGAUCCUUCUGGUUACUUUCUCACCCAAGCCAAGUAUAUCUCUGAUCUCUUGACUCGUGCUGGUCUUACCGAUUGCAAGACUGCCAUUACUCUAGUUGAUCCUCAAACUUGUCUCACACCUCUUGAUGGUCACCUAUUAUCUAAUGCUACUUUAUAUCGUCAACUAAUUGGCAGUCUUGUCUAUCUCACAGUUACUCGUCCAGACAUCGCCUAUGUUGUUCAUAUUUUACAUGCAUUUUCUUAUGCAGAUUGGGCAGGGGAUCCUACUAACCGUCGUUCUAGUACAAGGUUUUGCUUCUUCUUGGGUGAUUCUCUCAUUACCGGGCAUAGCAAUAAGCAAACUCUUGUUGCUCGUUCUAGUACUGAGAGUGUUAUUCAAAUUGCACAUAUUGAUGUCUUCCAUUAUCACACCAAGCACAUUGAGAUUGAUUGUCACUUCAUACGGAUAUGGGAAGAGUGGUGGCGCAGGGAGCAGGCUCUAGCUGCUUUAGAUCCUAAUACCACCAAUCUUGACCUUGCUCUUGAUUAUGUUCUUGUGGAGGAUCUGCUUGAUGAAAAUGGGGAAUGGGACCUUAAUGUUUUACAGACAUCAUUCCCACCCUAG